UUCCCCGUUGGCCAACGGGGAGACACCGUACCCGGAAGAGGAAAGGAAGGGGGCGGGGAGCGGCUGCCGCGCGCGUGGGCAGCGGCGGCGGCAGGAGAAGGGUCCAGCGGCGGCAGCGGAGCCCGGCCCAGCCCAGCCCGGCCCGGCCCGGCCCGAUCGGGCGGUGGGCGAGAAACUGCAAUGGAGAGUACAGUAUGGGUCACUGUCCUUGUAUUGUUUUCCAUACUACUGUGUGAAAGUUACCACCAUGGAGUGGAGACAGCUACUGUUGUGCAUAUAUCGGAGAGAACUUUUCCAGAAAAGGCAGCUGGCAUUAAUACGGACUUGGCAGGAUUAAUACAGAAGCUUCACCUUCAAGAACUUUUCCAUCGUUAUGGGGAAAACAACUCUCUGUCGAUGGAAGGGUUUAGAAAACUGCUCCAGAACAUAGGUAUAGAUAAAAUGAAAAGGAUUAAAAUAGACCAUGAUCAUGACCACGAUCAUCACCUUCAUCAUUCUCAUUUUUUGUUGAGUAAAAACUCCGAGAAGACUGUUUGUCCAAACCAUGAAUCUGAUGCUAACAAAGACCAUAGGAACAGUCACUCAAAGGAAGCACAUAAAGUAGAGAAUGUAGAACAUCAGCAGAACUUUGUACGCAGCAAGAACACCGUUAAUGAGAUAACGGCAUCUAUCAUUACUGCUCCCACAGAUGGCCGCUAUGAAUUACAGAAUGGGCAGCCUGGAGAAGUCAGGGCGGUUGCUCGCUUAGGUCUGACCAGCUCUACUGCCGUUAACGUUGCAGGUGGCAGCAACGCCAGCUGGCUUGCUAACAGCAAAGCAAAUGAAUCUCACACUUCUCCAAAGGAAUCAGAAAGAGGAAGUUACCUGUAUUCUAAACUGACAAACCAAAAUACCCAAGAGUGUUCCAGUGCAUCAAAACUAAUGCAGUCCCAUGGAAUGGGCACUCAAGUAUUGUUGACAGCUACAGAAUUUAGUUACCUCUGUCCAGCUCUUAUUAAUCAGAUUGAUGGCAAAUACUGCAUAGUCCAUGCAACUAGUGAAAAAGCCGAAACUCCUCCGAAAAGUUACUCUCUGCAAAUAGCUUGGAUUGGUGGCUUUAUAUCCAUCUCUGUCAUCAGUUUUCUUUCCUUAUUGGGUGUUAUAUUGGUACCGCUGAUGAAUCGCGUGUUUUUCAAAUUUCUUCUAAGUUUUCUUGUGGCAUUGGCUGUGGGGACUUUGAGUGGAGAUGCUUUCUUACAUCUGCUUCCACAUUCUCAUGGAAACCACCACCAUCACCACGAAAAACCUGUACUUGAACAAAACAAAAGCUCCACAUUCAAACACCUUGUUUUUCAAAGUACAGAGGAGAGUGCUUACCUGGAUUCUACGUGGAAGGGACUUACAGCACUUGGAGGCUUAUAUUUCAUGUUUCUAGUGGAGCAUUUGAUCACUUUAAUAAAGCAGUUUAAAGACAAGAAGAAAAAGAAAAAAAAUGAAGAUGAUGGAGAAAGUAAGAAGUUUUCAGCGAAUGAAGAAAAGUUAGAUACAGAUGAUCGACCUGAGGGCUACCUAGGGACAGACUCACAAGAUCCAUCGCCCUUUAUUUCUCAGCAGCCAACUGUACAAGAAGAAGAAGAAGUGAUGAUAGCUCAUCCUCACCAAGAGGAGGUUGACAAUGUCUAUGUGUCCAGAGGCUGUAGAAACAAAUGUCAUUCUCACUUACACGAUACUCUAGGGCAGACAGAUCACCUUAGUCAUCAUCACCACGACUACCAUCAUAUUCUGCAUCACCAUCAUCAUCAGAAUCAUCAUCCCCACAGUCACAGUCAGCGCUACUCACGUGAAGAAUUGAAGGAUGCGGGGAUAGCAACUCUGGCGUGGAUGGUGAUUAUGGGAGAUGGACUACACAAUUUUAGUGACGGCCUAGCGAUUGGAGCAGCCUUUACUGAAGGGCUGUCUAGUGGUUUAAGCACUUCUGUGGCUGUAUUUUGCCAUGAAUUACCUCAUGAGCUAGGAGAUUUCGCUGUACUUCUCAAAGCCGGCAUGACUGUCAAGCAAGCCGUGCUUUACAACGCGCUGUCAGCCAUGCUGGCCUAUCUCGGGAUGGCCACGGGGAUCCUCAUCGGUCAUUACGCAGACAAUGUUUCCAUGUGGAUAUUUGCACUUACAGCUGGCUUGUUCAUGUAUGUGGCUCUUGUGGAUAUGGUGCCUGAAAUGCUCCACAACGAUGCCAGUGAUCAUGGAUGUAGCCGCUGGGGAUAUUUCCUGUUACAGAACGCUGGGAUUCUGUUGGGUUUUGGGAUAAUGCUGCUUAUCUCUGUAUUUGAACAUAAGAUUGUAUUCAGCAUAAACCUGUAAUGCUGGUUGCCAAGAAAAGAGCUUCAUGUUAAAUUAUAAGCGGUAGGUUUUUUCUAUUAAAUUCCAUAAUGGAGAGGUACGGUUGAUAUAGGUUAGAUAUUUUUAUUGGUGUGCUUUGUUGUUGUGUCCCUCCCUCCUUCCCUUGUCUCCCUGAUAGAAAUGAACACUGUAAGGUUUUUUCACAUAGGAUUUAGCAUUGCACAUGGUACUGUGGAACAUUGUACUUAGUAAAACAUGGUGAAAGUGCCAAAUCUAUUAAAGGAGUAUUGUCUGGGGGGUUAGAGGGUCUUUUUUUUUUUUCAGUAAAUUUAUUUACUCUCUGUAAUUAUAUGUAACUUUUUUUACUUCAAUGGUUUUGUUGGUUUAAAUAAAUAAAAUGACAGUGGUUUUUAUUUUAUCACAAUCCAAAUCAGUGGAUACAAAGGAGAGUGAGCAGUGUAAAACAAGAUGUAAUGGGUAGCAUGUGAUUAUAUUUGUAGUAAGCAAUCUCUUCUGCAUCCACCUAGUUUACACAGAGUGGCAGAUGAGUCCACUCCAUCCUUUCUGUGGUGGUUCUUCUCUCAAUAGCUUGUGGAUUCUUUGUCUUACUCCAGUUGGUUUCUAGUCCAAAUGAAUUCUUGUGAAAUCCUGUUUUAAGUAUUUGCACCAAUUUUUUUUUACCUGUUUUGUUUCUCAAAUUGGCAACAGAAGUACAGCUGUUAGACUGUAAAAGCACAGCUCCAGCUCUCCUGUUUGUGAAUUCCAUCGAAAGGACUUUCAAAGUAGUGCUAUAUCCCACUUAUACUGCCUGAAAUGGCAAAGAUCUAUUAAAGUCUGUUUGAUGUCAAGGGGAGGAGUACUACAGCCUGAGACAAACAUUCAUUUACCACACCAGCUUCCUUAAGUAGAGUGUUGAUUUACUUUGGGAAAUGAGCAGAGUGGGAGAGCUGAGUACUUCUAGUUCUAUGUGAUUGCACACAAUAACCCUGUGCUUACACAGCAGUUACAUUCCUUGCAACAACUAAAGCUGAGACAUCCAAAAUAGCAAAAUUUCUUUGAAAACAUAUAUAGGGAAGCAGUAUGUUAAGGGUAAUUGUAAGUAUGUAGUUUGAGCUUACAGUUUUAAUGUUUUAACUAUCCUGAAAGUAACUGAAGGAAGGACAAGGAUGAAAAAGACAAUUGCAAAAUGAAUUCUGCGUUUCCAGAAAAGGUGAAUAUUGGACAAAUUUUAUGCAAAUUUUAUGCUAUCUUAACUAGCUAGCUUUAAAAAACAAACAAAAAACAGAAAGAAACCAAUUAGAACUUAUUUCUGAUCGAGUUGUUAAAUUGAAUCAGACAAGUUGAACAGUCUGGCAUAUGUUGAUCUGUCAUAAAAGGGAAGCUGAAACUACUGUAUCACUUUAGAAAUAGAUGCUUGGAAUGAAUCAAAAGGUUAGGGGUGGGGUUUGUUACUGGUUGAGAAAUGGGGAUCACAGAUGUCUCUGCAGCCAGUGGAAUAUUAGCUUCUCCUUCAGUCUUUCCUGAAGUGAACAAGAUUGAGAUUUGAUCUUCUUUCCCCAGCGAUGAAAUCCUGUUCCUUUCCUCCUUGGAUGCCAGGGGUAGAAAGUGGCAUGCUUCCUUCAGCUCUGCUGAUGCAUCCCAAGGGCAGCACUAAGCUGUGGUGGCAUCUCACCAGCUUCCCUAGAUCUAUCCAUGUAUGAACCUUUAUCUCUCUUUGCUUGAUGAGCAAUUGUUUGGAGAGAAGAACAGAAUUCUCUUUUGGGAGCACUCACUUUCCUCUCCCUGACUUACUUUCCAUUACUAGAAACUACUCUGGUGCUGGGCUUAAUCUCUAACAAGAACACUGCCAAAAUAUUGGUGGGCGUGCUCUUUCCUUCCAUGAAGCACUUUACAUUUCAUGUUAGUCUUAUUCUGUACUAUUGUGUUUUGAUUAAGCCUCUGGACUUUUGUUAGAAGUUUUUGGCUAGUGGUUUCUCUUGGCCUACAACCUUGGUAGCUGCUAGUUCAGCUGGACUGCUUUUGUCCGGGUGGUGGGUACGAAAUAGGAAGCAGGCAUGUAGCCUGGUGUUGCCCAAGAGGUUUUGAGAUCAAUGACUGAGUGACGGACAUCUACAAAUUGCAAUCAGUGUUUCCAGUGGGUUCUUGGCUGGCUUUCAAUGUAAUCAACUGACAUGAAAAUAUCUGCAUAUCAAAACACAUUGCUAGUGUAAAAACUGAUGAAAAAACUUGCCUUUAGAGCAUGUGGGCAGAAAUGACUCGAUCAGAUGGCCAUAUGCAUGUCCCACCCAUUCAGUGUUCUUUAGUGUUUGAUGGAAAGAUGUCCAUGAUGGACAGCUGUCCAAACUAGUAAUUGAACAGACUAUAGGUUGAAACCUGCUGUAGGUUUGUGCCAGCAUGACGACAACUGUUUGUUUGUUUGUUAUCUUUGUCAGCCUUAUAAAGUAGAAUCUGCAUUUGUUGCAAUGUACUUGAAUCAGAAAUACUCAUGGGUUGGCAAACUGAUGGGGCAGAGCCUCUGAGCAGCCCUUUAUUUUUAUGCAUAUAUUUUUCUGCAGCAGUUUGUGACAUGCCUGCCUGUUCCAGCUGAGACACUGAAGUAUGUUUGGUUUGUGUAUCCAUCUGUACCUUAAUUAUGGCACAGACCUUAAUUUUAUAUGCUGUUACAGCUGCCAUGCUGUGCCUGUGCUAGCGGCAGGUGAACAGAAUAGGCAGACAAUGCUGGACUCAAAGUUAUUUUCUUUUUAACGUGUUAUUCUAAUGUUUUUGACCUGUAUUUUGAACAGAAAAAGGUGCUGUGUGAAGUUAUUAAUGUGCAGCAAGAGUCAAACUCACCUGCCCAGGCUGUGGGGUUCAGGUGCUCUUUAGAGUGACGCCAGAUUUGUUGUGGGAACCCAGCUGAGUGACGUUUAUUUAAAAUACAAUCAAGGCUAAAAUGUAAUUCACAUGGGUUCUCCUGCUGCCUGAACCGAGAUACCAACAUAAUUAAAGUUUCUGUGGAUAAAAUGGGUCACGCUGUUUGCUACGAGCAAGAAACAAAAAUACAUUUUGAUGAAAUGUGUUUUUAUUUUUAUUUUUUUGGUGCAUAUAAUGAUCACUGACAGCUCUUAGGCCUCUUGUGUGCUGGAGAAAAUAAACCACUGAACCAAA